GAGGGGGUAGGCGGAGCGGCGCAGACUGCCACGGUCCCUGCAAGGUUCCGCGCCUCGGCCCUGGCCCACCACCUGCGGGCUGGGGGGCUGGGGGAAAGCGGAAGCAUGAGCUCCUACCUGGAGUAUGUGUCUCGUGGGGGUGGCGGCGACGUGCUCAGCUUCGCCCCUAAGUUCUGCCGUGCCGACGCCCGACCCGUGACUCUGCAGUCCGCUUUCCCUCUGGGCAACAGCGAAGGCGCCUUCGUCAGCUGCCUGCCCCUGGCUGCCCCUCGGCCCGCGCCUUCGUCCCCAGUCGCCCCUGUGCAGCCAUCCGCUCCUCCCGCGGUCGCGCCCCGGUACCCACCGUGCACCCUGGAGGGUGCCUACGAGCCAGGCGCCGCACCUGCUGCUUCGGUGGCAGCAGCGGGGAGCGCGGACUACGGUUUCCUCGGGUCCGGGCCCGCGUACGACUUCCCUGGCGCGCUCGGACGGCCCACCGACGACAGCGGGGCGCACGUCCACUACGCCACCUCAGCCGUGUUCUCGGGCGGCGGCUCCUUCCUCCUCAGCGGCCAAGUGGAUUACACGGCCUUCGGCGAACCUAGCCCCUUCCCGGCAAGUCUCAAGGAGCCAGGAGAUGGUCCCCCCGGGGCUUUCCAGACCGCGUCCCCCGCCCCCGGCGCCUACCCCAAGUCCACCUCUCCAGCCUCCGGCCUCCCCGCUGCCUUCAGCACCUUCGAAUGGAUGAAAGUGAAAAGGAACGCUCCUAAGAAAAGCAAACUCGCCGAGUACGGAGCCGCGAAUCCGUCCAGCGCCAUCCGCACGAACUUCAGCACCAAGCAGCUGACAGAACUGGAGAAAGAAUUUCAUUUCAAUAAGUACCUAACGAGAGCCCGUCGCAUCGAGAUAGCCAACUGCCUGCAGCUGAAUGACACGCAAGUCAAAAUUUGGUUCCAGAACCGCCGUAUGAAACAGAAGAAAAGGGAACGAGAAGGGCUCCUGGCCAUGGCUGCUCCAGUGGCUUCCCUCCAGCCCCCGGUGGCAGGACCGAACACCUCCACGUCCAGCAAGAACCUAGGGAGCCCUUCUCCGGAUCUGGAGGACCAGGCUCCGGGCUGAGGCACCUUGGUCCUCAGGAAGCCACAGGCCACUCCCACCCCUCUCCAGACUCAGGGUGGAGGUGGCCUAGAAAUCGAUAGGGAUUCCACCUGGGGAAGAUGUAUUUUAGGAGGCUUCUUAGUUCCAUACUAUGUGUCUAGAUCUUAAUUUGCUGUCUCUUGAGAGUCACUGGAGUGUGUAUUGUUUGUGUCUUAUCUGGGGGAGAUGGGCCCAGUUGGCUGUUCAGUUGCCUCCUGUA